CGGAGAAAGGCAGACACAACGCAGCACAACCCAGGCAGGGAAAUCAUUCCAGCAGUCCCAGCUGCUCAGUAGGAGGUGCCAUGAGUCAUCAAUGUACAAGGCUGUGGUUAUAUGGCUCAGCUUGGAGUAACCUGACCUCCUAGAGGGACCCGAUGUUGGAGAGUUAUGGGAACAUGGUCUCUCUGGGCAAUGGGAAACUACUGAAGAUUUUUGUGCUGAGCUCUGGAAGCAAACAAAAAGGUUCUAAGAUCAGGACUGAGAAAAGGCUAUCCACUCAUAAUCAGAAAAUUUCCAAAGAAAUAGAAUCAGAGGGGAAGACAUUGGAAAGUUCACAGGGUCUUUCAUUUGGAGAAACCUGUGACUCUGAAGGCAGUUUGGAGAAGGAAAGUUCUUCAGGGGAUAGCUUAAGGAAAUAUCAUUUCCAGGAGAAAGAUUUCAGGAAAGUGACCACCCCUCACCAAAAAAAAACUCACAGGAAAGAGGGCACAAGAAUAUAAUGAAUUUAGGAGAAACUUUAGGCUGAACUCCAGUUUUUUUGCACAGCAGAGAGAGCUUACAGAAGAGGGGUCCCAUAAAUGUGAUACUUGUGGCAAAAGCUUCAAAUACAAUUCAGACCUUAUUCUUCAUCAGAGGAUUCAUACGGGAGAGAAGCCUUUUGAAUGUAAUGAAUGUGGGAAAGCUUUUGGGAUCAACUCUCACCUUAUUGAACAUCAGAAAAUUCAUACAGGAGAGAAACCUUACAAAGGUAAUGAAUGUGGGAAAGAUUUCCGUAGGCGUUCACAACUUAUGUUACAUCAGAGAAUUCAUACUGGAGAAAAACCCUAUGAAUGUAAAGAGUGUGGCAAAGCUUUUAGUCAGAGCUCACAGCUUACAUUACAUCAACGAAUCCAUACUGGAGAGAAACCCCAUAAAUGUAGAGAAUGUGGCAAAGCCUUCAGUAGGAGUUCAACCCUUAUUAAGCAUCAAAGAGUUCACACAGGGGAGAAGCCCUACAAAUGUAAUGAGUGUGGGAAGGCUUUCAGUCAGAGUUCACACCUUAUUCUACACCAGAGAACUCACACUGGUGAGAAACCCCAUAAAUGUCAUAUAUGUGGGAAAGCCUUUAGUCGAAGCUCACACCUUAGAGAACAUCAAAGAAUUCAUACUGGAGAGAAACCCUAUAAAUGUAAUAUAUGUGAGAAAUCCUUCAGUCAGAGCUCAAACUUUUUUCAACAUCAAUUAAUUCAUACUGGAGUGAAACCCUAUAGAUGUAAUAAAUGUGGGAAAGCAUUUAACCGUAGUUCACACCUAAAUGAACACCUGAGAAUUCAUACUGGUGAGACAGUUCAUCAAUAUAAUGAAUAUGGGAAUUUCUUAGACAGUUCAGGCCUUUUAAAACAUCAUCGAGUUCAUGGUGGAGAAAAACUUCAUGAAUGUAAUGAAUGUGGGAAAGCCUUCAGUUGGAGUUCACAUCUUAUCCUACAUCAGAGAAUUCAUACUGGAGAGAAACCCUAUGGGUGUCUUGAAUGUGGAAAAGUCUUUAGUCAGAGCUCUCAUCUUAUUUUACAUCAGAGAAUUCAUACUGGAGAAAAACCCCAUGAGUGUAAUGCCUGUGGGAAGGCUUUCAUUUAUAGCUCAAGCCUUAUUCAGCAUCAAAGAGUUCAUACAGGGCAGAGACCAUAUGAAUGCAAUGAAUGUGGAAAAGCUUUUAGUCGGAGUUCAACUCUCAUUCAACAUCAAAUAAUUCAUACUGGUGAGAAAAUAUAUGGAUGCAAUGAAUGUGGGAAAACCUUCAGAUGGAGCUCAAACUUGAGAAAACACCAGAGAAUUCAUACCAGAGCAUAAAGUGGUGGAUAUAAUAAAUAGGAAGAAUACAACAUAGAUAUUUAACAUAGUAAAGCCUAGUCAACUUAGUCAUAGGGUUUCCCCCCCUUUUUUUGGGCAGUAAGACAAAAAGGGGUGAAUCUUUGAGUACUAAGUACAGGCCCAAUUAGAUCAGCAUCCCUCCUUUGUUCACUUGAUUCAAUCCAAUCUACUUCAACUUCUCAGCACAAGAUCUGCUAAUUCCUACCGCUGUGCCUUUUUACUUAUCAACUGUAAUGAUUGGAAUGACGCCACCUGCUGGAGACUUACUGUAGAAGAGUUUCGCCCAUGAAGCGAAGGUCUUUGAGGGCAAGACCAGGAGUCUUUUCUUUGGUGUCAGGAAGUGACGUGGG